UUGACAAUUCAUCAAUUAACAUAAUCUCUAUGGAAGAUCAGAUUCACUCGGAAUUAAUUCUAAAGGAGGAGCGGGAAGAGGACGAAAUCAAAGGGGACCGCUGCUCUGCUGAGACUGCCGAGAGUGAGAAGAGCGUCACUCCUGAUGGAUCGGCGAUCGGGAUACGGCCGAAACCUCUGAUUUACAAGCCGGAAAAUGUGAGCAUCGGCUGCAAGUCCGAGCCACUCGAGACAAAAUGGCACUGGGCACCAGGAGCGUGGCAAGACUCGACCAGGACUAGCGCCUUCCAACCAUACAAGCCACCCACUCUGCUCACAAAUUUGCAAAGAGGCAACACUCAAACGCAGAUACACCAGCUCUAUGUUGGCAACGACAUCACGUUUCAUACCUUGGCGGGUCAGGGGGAACUUACAUCUGAUCAUAUACAUUCAAACUCAGUGGAUAUGACUGAUGAAAAAGGCUUAACUGGAUUGAUGUGGGCUAGUGCUUACGGACAAAUAGGUAGUGCUAAACAAUUGCUCAAAAGGGGCGCCAGUAUAAAUCGUUGUGGACCAAACUUACAGACUAGUCUACACUUGGCGGCCGCCUAUGGUCAUCACGAUGUUGUCAAAUUAUUGUUAAAUCAUGGAGCUGAUCCUAACGCAUGUGAUGAGGAUGGUAAUACUCCAUUAAUAUAUGGAGCACACUGCGAUCAUCCACAUGUUUGUUAUGAAUUAUUAAUAAAAGGUGCAGAAAUAACACUUACUAAUACCUCAAAUAUAAGUGCUUAUAAAGCAGCAAUUAUGAAUAAUUCAAUGAAUGCUAAAGCAGUUAUUGAGAAUCAUUUGAUACCACAAAUUAUAAGUACGCCAACAGAUGAAUUAUAA